AUUUUCAGACAUUACGAGCAUUCUUGCCAAGUAUGAUAGAAAAAAAUCACGGUCAUAUCGUAGCAAUUUCAUCAAUACUAGGAUUUUUUGGAUGCCCUUAUGGAACAACCUAUUGCCCUUCGAAAAGCGCAAUCAAAACAAUGAUGGAAGCUGUAUCUGAAGAAUUACGUGCAUUAAGUAACGGAAAAUCAUCAGUUAAAUUCACUACUAUUUACCCGGGCCUAGUGCUUACAGGAAUAGUAAAGAAGCCAAAGCUUAGGUAAAAAUUAGUCGGGAGAGUUUGUAACAAAUCUAUUGUGUAUUGAAACAAAUUUAUAAUAUUACACAAUCUGCAGUUUAUUUCUU